GGGCAGGGCCCGCUGCGGCUGGUGGUGGCGGCGGCGCUGCUGUGCGCGUGGGCGCGGGCGCCGCACCUGGCGGCCGCCGCGGUGGAGCUGGCGCUGGAGCUGCCGGCCGAGGACGAGCCCCCGCCCGAGCACAACGCCGUCGCCGCGCCCUCGCUCUCCUCCAUUCGCAGACUCGUGCAGAUGCUGGAGGCGCGACCGCCUCCCGCGGCGACGGCGGCGGAGGGCGGGCUGCGACGCGUCUUCCUGAACGCGCCCAACGCCACCUGCAACGACGGCACGCCGGCCGGGUACUACGUCCGUGAGUCUCCCGGCAGUCGGCGAUGGAUUCUCUUCCUUGAAGGUGGCUGGUACUGCUACGACCGCGGCAGCUGCGCCAACCGCUGGGCGCGCCUGCGCCACCUCAUGUCGUCCUCGCAGUGGCCCAAGGCGCGCAGCGUCGGAGGCCUACUGUCAGCCAGCCCGCGUGAGAACCCCCAUUGGUGGGAUGCUAAUCAUGUGCUGCUGCCGUACUGCACGAGCGACACGUGGGCGGGCUGGCGCCUGGAGCCCGCGCCGGGCGUGCCCUUCCGCUUCCUGGGCGGCGCUGUGCUGCGCGCCGUCGUCGCCGCGCUGCUGCCCUCGCUGCGCGCCGCCGACUCGCUUCUCCUCGCCGGCAGCAGCGCGGGCGCGGCGGGCGUGCUGCUGAACGUGGACGCGGUGGCGGCGCAGCUGCGCGGCGCGGGGCUGCGGCGCGUGCAGGUGCGCGGCGUGGCGGACUCGGGGUGGUUCCUGGACCGCGCGCUGUUCGCGCCGUCGCCGCUGCGGCCCGCGCCGGCCGAGGCCGCGCGCCGGGGCCACGCGCUGUGGCGCGGCCGCGUGCCCGAGCCCUGCCGCCGCGCGCACGCGCACGAGCCCUGGCGCUGCUACUUCGGCUACCGCCUCUACCCCACGCUCGCAGCGCCCGUGUUCGUGUUCCAGUGGCUGUUCGACGAGGCGCAGCUGGCGGCGGAGAACGUGGGCGCGCCGCUCACACACCAGCAGUGGGAGCACGUGCACCGCACGGGCGACGCGCUGCGCCAGUCGCUGCUCAACGUCACGGCCGUGUUCGCGCCGGCGUGUGUGGCGCACACAGUGCUGACGCGCGCCGACUGGACGGCGGUGCGCGUGGGCGGGCUAUCGCUGCCGCAGGCGCUGCGCUGCUGGGAGUCGCAGCUGCCGGCGCCGCCGCCGCCCGCACCCGCGCCGCCGCCCACGCCCUCAAGCCUGCGCGGGGCUGCGUGGCGCCGCGGCGGCGCGUCCCACGGCCGGCGCCCGUCCCCGCCCCCGCGGCCGCGCCCGCCUGCGCCGGCGGCCGCCGCGUCCACGGCGCGCCUCGCGCGGCCGCGCGCGGGGCACCGGCGCAAGCACCGCGCCAGGGGCAGGCACCGCAAGCGGAAGGGUGCUCGCGCGGAGGCGAAGGCGGCGGUGGCGGCGACGGCGGCGCGGCGGCGCCGGCGCCGGCGGCGGCGCUCCCCGGGGGCGGGGGCGGGGGCAUGCGCGCUGCGCGCCGUGGAGCGCUGCUCGUGGCCGCAGUGCACGCUGUGGUGCCCGCGCCUGCUCAACCCGCUCACGGGCCAGGAGCUGGAGCUGCCCGAGCUGCUGCAGGCGUUCGGCCUGGACAUGCGCAGCGCGGCGGCGGCGCUGGGCGUCGACCUGGCGGCGCUGCGCAGCAUGGGCCGCGCGCGCCUGCUGCAGCUGCUCACGCAGCAGGGCAACUGA